AUUAUUAUUGUUUAAUUAAAUUAAAUUAAAGUACCCCAAAGUGUAAAACAUGCGGAUAAUGAAAUUUAAUGUAACACGAUUUAUAAUGCGUAUCGUUUGGCACUCGAUAGAUCGUGGGGGGUCGAAUAAAUAUACAGUAUAUAUAAUCGAGUGUAUACGUGGAGACACAUUUAAAUAUAUACAUGUAUUACACAUAUACAUGCGAGUCUAUUUAACUGUGUAAAUAUAUAUAUACGAAAUAUUUAAUUUUACCUUUUAGGUGAAUAUAUAUGAUGAAUGCCUCAUACUAUGUGUGAGUGAGUAAAAAAGAAAUAAAAAUUGUUUGCCAUUUCGUGAACGUGUUGAUGGAUUUUUUUUAUUUAUAUUUAUUUAUUUUAUUUCCAUUUCAUUUUUAACCAAAUGGCCAAGGGGUCCUAGUGUGUUUUUGGCACGACAAAAAAGAAUCUCUAUAUACAGAGGUUUAUUGUAGAUUAUUCGUGUUUCUCUCAUUUAUAUUUUUUAUUUUUUAUUUUUCAGGUUGAAAAGAGAUGAGUAUAUACAACCAAGGGGACAUUCUCAAUUGCAGUCGAAAAUUCAGAUGCUCUUUUCAAGUCUAGGUUGCAGGUGUUAAAAUUUUUGUAGAUAUAUACCAUAUAUAUACAGCAAAGACACUCAACUCAUCCUCUCCAUGAGAUAGACUAUGUUUUCCAUAUAUGAUGUUUGUGUGAGUCAUGGAAUGCAUGGAUAUUCGCCGACAGGAGGGUAGAGGGUUGUACCCACCCUGACAAACACAACCAAUGAGAAUUGUUGAGUCAAAAAUCCACGCCCGCCAAUCCACCGACAAGCUCAAGCUAGACCUUGCCACUUCUACUUCGUUACAACACAAACUCUCAUCCAGUUAUACAGACAGAUCAGACAGAUUAUUAUCAAAUUAAGAAAAAAAAAACUAAUCAAUGGAUUAUAAAUUAAUAUGUGAAUACAAUUGUGUCAUCUAUUAUCAAUGAUACUAUCAAGUUGUUGACUGUAUAUAGUGUUUCUGUACUAUCAAUUUGAUGACUUGGUCACUCAGUUACUGUGUUACAUUCGAAGAAUAUAUUUAAUAUAAUUUUGAAUAUAUAUCAUUGUGAUUUGUUGAUUAACAAGUGUUUUAAAAUAAUAGACUAAAAAAACAGUGGUGAUUUAAAUGAACGAAUAUAAUGUUUGUUGGAUAAUUGAAAUUACUAUUUAUAUAGAGAAUGAUAAAAAUAUGUGAUCACGUAUUUAUAAUUAUUAUUUAUUGUGUAUAAUAAAUUAUAUUAAAUCUAAAAGUGAAGUGAUAAAUUAAAAUUACAUGAUAAAAGUGUAAAUAAUGUCCGAAAGUUCGGAUCAAUUGUCAUCACCAAAUAGUGACUGUAACAGUCAAAUGGGUCAUCGUAAUGGUUCAUCUGGUGGUGUUAUUGGUUACAAUAGUAAUACAAUACCAACAUUAUCAUUAAGUAUUCAUCAGCAUCAACAAAAUUCUAGUACAUCAAGUACAAGUUCAAGAUAUAAUCAAGAACAAGGUAAUUGUGGUGUUAAUACUGUUGUUGAUAUUUCAAGUAGUAUUGGUGGAACAACUAAUUUUUCACCUGAACAAAUUGCCUGUAUGUGUGAGGCACUAUCACAAAGUCAGGACAUUGAUAAACUAUCAAGAUUCCUGUGGUCCUUGCCGCCGGGUGAAGUUGUACGUGGUGGUGAGAGUGUCCUGAUGGCACGAGCAUCAGUUGCAUUUCAUCGUGGUGCAUAUCAUGAGCUUUAUUCAAUUUUAGAAAGUCAUCCAUUUUCACCACGUCGUCAUCCAGAACUUCAACAAAUGUGGUUUAAAUCACAUUAUUGUGAGGCUGAAAAAAUUCGUGGUCGUGCACUUGGUGCUGUUGAUAAAUAUCGUUUAAGAAAAAAAUAUCCAUUACCUAAAACAAUUUGGGAUGGUGAAGAGACUGUUUAUUGUUUUAAAGAAAGAUCAAGAAAUGCAUUGAAAGAAUGUUACAUGAGAAAUAGAUAUCCAACACCAGAUGAAAAAAAAAAUUUAGCUAAAAAAACUGGUCUCACAUUGACACAAGUAUCAAAUUGGUUUAAAAAUCGAAGACAACGUGAUCGUACACCACAAACACGACCAGAUAUGGUGUCAAUAAAUUGUCAAAGUAAUAAUGGUAUUGUUACGAAUGGCAGUAGUGGUGGAAGUCAUCAAACUCAUCAAAUACUUGAAUCGACAAGUCCAAGUUUAGCAAUGUCACCAAUAUCAACAAUGGGAAUGUCACCAGUUGGUAUGAAUCCAUGUAGUCCAAUGGGAAUGAGUCCAAUGGGUCCACAUCAUCAUGGAUAUGCUGCACCAGCAACUCCAUCAUCAAUUCAUUCAUCUCAUGGUGGACAUAAUGGUGGUCUUAGUCCAAUGAAUGAUGUUAAAGCUCUUUGUUAUGGACGAGGUGUUUAUGACAGUGUGACAAGUAAAGACAUUGAUCCAACACCAGUAUACUACUCUGGUCAUUCAGGUAUGCAUCAUCAAUAUUAUCAACAAAGUCAUCAUCAAAUGAUGACUGGUCAUCAUCAUCAUCAUCACCAUCAUCAUCAACAAAGUAUACCAGGUGGCUAUGAAAUUAUGCUACCACCACCUCAACACACCAUGUGACCCACGGAAUUUAGUGAUACACGUGGUGAUGAUCAUCCACAAACAAAUUGUGAUGAUAUUUUAUCUCGUAUUCACGCAUUUUCUGAAUUAAACUAGUUUUUAAAUAAACCAAAAUAGCAAUAUUGCAAAAUAUAUAUAUAGAUAAUUAAACGAAAAAAAAUUAUCAAUACUUCUAUUGAUUUAACGA